CAUUUUGCUUCAAGCUCCUUCUACUUGCGAUUUGCACAAGGAGAGGAGAUGAACAUUCCCGUCUUGGCCAGUCUUGUCCACGUGGUCACCGGAGUCUGCCUCGAGGGCGGUAUCCCACCCCACGAGCGGAAGAACUUGGAGAAUGCCAAUGGUGAAUCCUACCCCAUUGGUAUCUACGUUCCAGAUUGGGCCGCGUCCUCCGCUGCCAACAUUCUGGUGGGAACCAUCGUUGAGGAGAUCUUUGGUUUCAACAUCAGCCUGGGGAGUGGCACGAGCAGUCCGAGCAGUUUCUACGCCCUCAGUGGUUGUACGGAUCCAACCAGCGCCGUCAAUCAGGGCUGCAACUCCGAGGCAGUCAGCAAGUACCACAUCAGUAUGGAAAUUUGGGUAGACCUCUACCCUUUGGCGUGGCAAUCGCUUCAAGACAAAUACCCCAAUGUCGCAGCCAAGAAUUUGGGCAAUAUGGGGUAUGAUGGGGUGGUGUCUGCCUUUAUUCCGAAGCCAGUCCAGAAGGAAGCAUACAAGACGGAAGGCGUGGCGCUGCAGUACUUCCGCAAUUGGAACGCCUCAUGGUAUCAGCCUUCCAAGUAUUUUGAUUCAAUCUCAAUGAUUUCCACAGCCUUGAUCAGGCCAUGUAGCGACCCCGUGUCGAAUAUGCAAGAUGAUGCAAGCAUGAGAAGACACAUUCACUUCACCGGCGAUGCGAAUGGGACGGUCUUCAACAGCACUUCAGGUUCAUAUUCGGCACGAUGCGAUGAUGGCUACUGGUGGAUUGCACCAAGUUGCCGAGCUAACACUUCGCUUUGUGUUCCCUAUGUGAUGGCAGGGCCGGGGUGGAGCUUAGAGGAGUAUAUGCAGAAGGCGACCAUUUGGAACAUGCCUUUUGCUUUGGGUGUGGCAGCUACCUCAGUGGUGAUUAUCGCUCGGCAACCAGUGGCAUUUCAAUUGACAAGCUUGUCAGCAAAGACUUGA